UUGACCCCGGAUCCGGUCGAAGGCGCUCCAGCUAGGAUACGUGUAACUGCAAUCUGAAAAUGGCUGAGAAGAAACCGAGUAACAGUUCCAGCACCAACUUGCUUUUCUCCACGAAUUCGGAGUUUAAUUUUAAUAUGCCCUUCAUACCUGUCAGCCAAGCCGCUGGGCCAGCGGUGCUGUCUGGAGAUGACUCUGUUGGUGAAGAAGACAUCUUUCUUGGUCAGAGUUCUGGAAACGCUAGCCAGCCCUCCACCUUCAGUUAUUUUUCCAAGACACCAACCAGCAGCGACCCAUUUGCCAGCAUCGGGCAGCAGGCCUACACAACUGCAGCGCCCCCUGUGGGUCCAGCAGUGCCAGUGAGGCCACCUGUGUCCCUGCCUCUGGGCUCCACAGUACAGAAUGUUUACCCUACCACCGUUGCCCAGCCGCCCACAGACUUUGCCCCGCCUCCUAUUUCUCAGUUUGGAAACACAGCCUAUCAGAGCCCAGCACAGCAAAGCUUCGCUCCUCCCACAAGUGGUGUAGCCCCGCCACCCAGUGGGCUGUCCCAACAGCAGGGGUACAAUCCUUACCGCCACACUCAUUUGAGCUGCAAAGCCAAUCCUUACCUAGCCCCGCCCCAGUUCCAGCAAGGGCAAGCCCAGCAGCAACAACAUCAGACUGCCCCUUAUCUCCAGGCUCCGCCCACUGCACCACCAACCCAGACGUUCCAGACGCCUCCGUUCUCACUCACACAGGCUCCUCUGACACAAGGCCAGGUUCCCCUCAGCUCUCGCCCUGCGGAUGCCCUGGUCCCAGCCCCUCCCAUGAUGCCCUACAGCUACAGCGUGUAUGAGCCGGUGCAGCCACACUGGUUCCACUGCAAGCAGGUGGAGUCCCGAAAGCUCUGGCUGCCUUUCAGCAUCCUGGACUCGGAAAAGCUUGAAGAGGUCUUUAACUCGGUCCAGCCCGACCCGGAGAGUGUGAUAGUCUGCACUGAUGGCGGCCGCUAUGACAUUCAGCUGUACGAGCGCAUGAGGAGUGCAGUGUACUGGGAGGAGGAGCCCUCUGAAGUGCGCAGGUGUACCUGGUUCUACAAGGGGGACAUGGACAGCAGGUUCAUUCCCUACUCUGAGGAGUUCAGUGAGAAACUAGAGGCAGAAUAUAAGAAGGCAGUAUCCACGAACCAGUGGCACCGAAGACUUGAGUUCCCAACUGGAGAAACUAUUGUCAUGCAUAACCCAAAGGUGAUAGUGCAGUUCCAGCCCUCUGCAGUGCCUGAUGAGUGGGGGACAACGCAGGAUGGACAGACCCGGCCGAGAGUGGUGAAGAGAGGCAUUGAUGACGACCACGAUGAAAUCCCUGAUGGUGAGCUCCCCCAGAUUGAUCACCUUGUGUUCAUGGUGCACGGGAUAGGACCGGUCUGUGACCUGAGGUUCAGGAGCAUGGUGGAGUGUGUGGAUGACUUCAGGAGUGUCUCCUUGAAACUGCUGCAGAGCCACUUCAGCAAAGCCCUGCAGGAGGGGCAAAUGAGCCGAGUGGAGUUCUUGCCAGCCACAUGGCACACUGCCCUCCAUGGGGAUGCCACGGGGGUAGACAGAAGGAUCAAAAAAAUUACACUGCCAAGCACUGGCCGUUUGCGCCAUUUCACCAAUGAGACGUUGCUGGACGUUUUGUUCUACAACAGCCCAACAUACUGCCAGACCAUAGUGGAUAAAGUGUGCAUGGAGCUCAACCGGAUGUUUGCUCUCUUCAUGAGCCGCAACCCUGACUUUAAAGGGCAGAUUUCAGUCUUGGGACACAGUUUAGGUUCUCUUAUUCUUUUCGACGUGCUCUCCAAUCAGAAAAAAGGUUCAGCAGCACCAGCCCCUCCGCUGUCUGUAGCAAAUGGUGUUAUGAAACCUGUGGAUGUUCCUGACAUAAAAAAAAUGGAUGCUAGCAUCACAGAGGAACUCAAGGAGGAAGAGGCGGGGCAGGAGGAGGAAGGAGAGGAGCUAUUGGACCUGAGCACAGCUCUGGAGAGGUUGUCUCUGUCUGAAUACCUCAGCACUUUGGAGAAGGAAAAGAUCGACAUGGAAACUCUGCUCCUGUGCACGAUGGAUGAUAUGAAAGAGAUGGGAAUUCCUCUCGGGCCCAGAAAGAAGCUUGCCAACUUUGUGAAAGAAAAAGCAAGCAAGCAGGAAAAAAGAAAAGUGUUGGCCGAGAAGGCGGCUUCAGUGGAAGCCCUGAAGAAAGCCAGGGAGGAGGCAGCGGCCACCCCUUCAGACACUGCACUCCACGGGAAACUGGGCAAGAGGAGGCUGCCAGUGGGUAGCACCAUCUCAUCCAUGCACGUGGACUACGAUUACUUUGAAGCUGGCACAGGACAGGUCUCUGUUGUUUACCAUUCCCUGGACUUUGAACCGGUGAACUUCUUUGCCCUGGGUUCUCCAAUUGGUAUGUUCCUGACUGUGCGUGGCCUGGAGAGAAUGGAAGAAAACUACCGCCUUCCUACCUGCAAGGGCUUCUUCAAUAUCUAUCACCCGUUGGACCCAGUGGCAUACAGGAUAGAGCCUUUGAUUGUACCAGACUUGGAUUUAAAACCUGUCCUCAUUCCACAUCACAAGGGCAGGAAAAGGCUUCAUCUGGAGCUGAAGGAAAGCCUGACACGGAUGGGCUCUGAUUUAAAGCACGGCUUCAUCAGCUCCUUGAAGACUGCCUGGCAGACGCUCAACGAGUUUGCACGUGCUCACACCUCCUCAGCACAGUUGCAAGCAGAGCUGGAGAAAGUAGCCAGUCAGAUCAAAGAGGAGGAAGAAAAGCAGGUUCGAGAUGAAGAGCACAAGAUGGUGGAGAGCCCAGAGUCAGGAAAGGACGAGGACCCUGCUGUGAAGAUUGGGAUGCUGAACGGAGGGAGUCGCAUUGACUAUGUUCUGCAAGAGAAGCCAAUCGAGAGCUUCAAUGAAUACCUGUUCGCCCUGCAGAGCCAUCUGUGCUAUUGGGAAUCUGAAGACACGGCCCUGCUGAUUCUCAAAGAAAUUUACAAGAGUAUGGGAAUUCUCCCUGAACAGUCUAUGCAUUGAUAGGCAUUGCCCCAUACUGUACAGAACUAUAUUGCCCAACAAUCUUAACUAGUACCUUCCAGAUUCCAUUGAUAUUCAUUAGUUUAAUUUUGCUAGUUUACAGUUAUGCACAGGGUUAUUUUCUCAACAAUUCCUGAUUUAAAAUUACAAUCAUUCUACCAACUAAUUUUAAUUUGUACUACAGACUUUUCUUUUAGAUUACAGUAAAAAAAUACAUAAAAAAAAAAAAAAAAAAAUUUGAAUAUCAACAGAAAUCCCAGAAUAUUUGACCAUCCAUCUGUCUUAAGUGAACAAAACAAGAAUACUAUAAACAGUAGUACUGUGAACCUCUCUAUGUGGGAUUGUAUGUACAUGCUCAUAAACUGGCAAAAAAUGCAUAAAAAUUCCAUUUGUACGGGUAUAAAGCUGUGGGCUUUUUUUCUAUGACGAACAUAUUGUACAAACUGGGAUUUUAAAGUGGCUCAUUUAUUGAAUGUGAUUGCUUUUAAAGGACCAAAAAGCUAUAAUAAAUACUUGUUCCAUACCUUUAAACAAUAACUCAUAAAUUAAAAUAGACAAAUACCCAA